AUGAUUUUAUUUCUCCAAGCCUCGGAUUUCUUUUCCUCUUGGAAGCUUGUCAAGGUUCGGGCUGUUAUGUGCGGCAUCUUCUUCUCUUUGAGUGCCUCCGAGCAUGUACUGCCUCAAGAGAAGACCGUGACAUGGCUACGGAACCGAGGUCCUGAUAACUACUGCACUCACCUGGUGAAGCUGGAAUGCGCCAGGCGCCUUGAAACACCGGAAACUACUCCUGAGGCGAUAUAUCUAACGUUCAUUUCGACCGUCCUCGCUCUAAGAGGUGACCAUGUUACUAGCCAGCCACUUGUGGACGCUGACACAUGGAAAGUCUGCGGCCAGGCCGUUAGGGGCAAUGACACGGAAAUAGUCUUUCAGAAACUUAUUGAAGCCUCCAGAUACCACUGCGAUGUCGGUGAAUCGGAAGUGGGUGGCGUCGAUGACUCCGUUGCUAGACUAACAGAUAUCAUUAGCAACAUUACAGGUCCGUUUUCUUUUGUAUUCUACGAUGGUUUCCGUCGCAGGAUUUUCUUCAGUCGUGACUGCCUUGGGAGGAGGGCACUACUCCAUGGCCACGAUGAUACCGGAAACCUCAAGAUAUGUAGCGUGUGUGAUGGAUCGUCCCCUGCUCCCUUUGAGGAAGUGGAGACUGAUGGGCUCCAUAUGAUCGACCUUUCGCGCAUCUCACUGUUGAACGACACCCCCGAUGGCUCGCACAAGGUUUCGUAUCAAGUGGAAGUGAUCCCAUGGUCACAUAAACAAACGGGUCGCCUCUUACUGAGGAAUCCCGUCUCUCCUAUGAAUCGGGCCGUGCCCAGUACAGAACCACCAGCUCUAACGCUGUCUUCUAUUUGCAUCCAGAAACUAGAACACGAGCUCCGUCGGUCGGUGGAAACCCGCGUCCAAUAUCUACCGCAACUUGGACUUGCAUCGCCUGGACUUGGUGCAAAGAUUGGCAUAUUAUUUUCCGGUGGCUUGGACUGCACGCUACUUGCCCGACUUACCCAUGACAUUGUACCAAAAGACGAAACUGUUGAUUUGAUUAAUGUCGCGUUUGAAAAUCCCCGCGUUGCGGCGGCUCUUAAGGCAAGAAAGGAGAAAGAGGAGAACGAAGAAGCCAUAUCUAUCUAUGAGAGCUGCCCCGACCGUAUCACCGGUAGAGCUGGGUACGCCGAACUGCGGAAAGUAUGUCCUGACCGGGUGUGGCGAUUCAUUGCUGUCGAUGUUCCGUAUCAAGAAUUCACAGCACAUCGAGAGGAAGUUAUACAGUUGAUGCGACCACACAACACUGAGAUGGAUCUGUCUAUCGCUGGCGCGUUAUAUUUUGCGUCUCGAGGGCAAGGCAAUGUAGCCAAUGACGACGAUAUAAAUGACACCGCAACAUACACCACAACGGCACGCGUGCUACUUUCCGGUCUAGGCGCGGAUGAGCUCUUUGCCGGCUACGGGCGUCACGGCAUUGCCUUUGCUCGCAAAGGAUUCCAAGGUCUCAUUGACGAGAUUGACCUAGAUGUCAGUCGCCUGGGAAAGCGAAAUCUAGGGCGCGAUGACCGCGUCAUAUCCAACUGGGGUCGUGAGGCUCGCUUCCCAUUCCUCGACGAAGAAUUUGUCUCCUGGGCCACACAGACACCCGUCUGGGAACGAUGCGGAUUUGGCACAGCACAAGUGCAGGUAGCAACAAACAACGAGCUUAACCAUAUUGCGGAAACCCUUGACUCUGAGAAGAAAGCGCUCCGUCUGCUCGCGCUAAAACUAGGCAUGCUUCAAACAGCACAGGAAAAGAAGCGUGCUAUACAGUUUGGGUCAAGGACCGCCAAGAUGGAGAGCGGUAAGAGCAAGGGGACUCAUACAAUUUAA